AUGGACUCUUCCUCAGAACAACAGUGCGACGUUACGGAGGCCAUGUAUGGAACACGGCCUUAUCUUCAGUCACGUCCUGCCGUCGAAGUCGUUAUUGUCGGGGGAGGACUUGCGGGGCUCUUACACAAGGCCGGAAUUCCCUUCAUCAUCCUCGAGCGAGCCUCAUCCAUCAAGCCACUUGGUAUCAACGGCUUUGACACCGUGGUAUUCUCGCGCCCCGAGUUCUACGAGGUCCUGCUCUCGCGGGUCCCAAGCAACAAGAUCCUCUUUGGCAAAAAGGUCUCAAACAUCAAGGAGGCGAGCAGGAACAACAAGGUCGAGUACCAGGGAGACAUCCCUGUCGGCGCCAAUAGGGCGUACAGUUCGGUCCGUCAGUGUCUGUAUAGGCAGCUCGAGAUCGAAGGCUGGAUCACAUUCACCGUGCCAAACAACCGCGUCUGUUGGGAUAUCCAACUCCAGCUCGACUCUGCCAAAUCCAAGGAGGAGUUUUUCCAGACCUCGGAAUGGGAUGAUGACAACAACAGCGAUGAGAUGAUCAAAGAGAUGGAUGAUUUACGUACACCUCUAGGCGCCACUAUGGGGGAGUUGAUCCGUGCCACACCCCAGGAUGGUCUCUCGUAUCUUUCUUGA